AUGAGUCUCCUCGCGGGCCUGGAUCUCUCCAAAAACUACUCGUUCUUCACCGUUCCAGCAGCAUUUGUGCUAUGCAUGCUUCCCGGAAUGUUUGCCAAUGCCCUGGCUGGCAAGUCUUUUGACCCUGCCAAUCCGCGACAGACGAGGACAACUGUCCUUGCCGAUGACAAGCUUGACAAAAUCCAACAACAGCGCAUCAUGCGAGCCCAGAGCGCUCAGGAAAACGGCUUCGAGACGGUGGGCUUGUACGCCUCGGGCGUGCUGGCGGCCAACUACGCGGGCGUCAACGUGAGGAUGCUCAAUUCGUUGACUAUUGGUUAUCUCGUCUCCCGGGUUGCGUACAUCUUUGCCUACGUCGUCCUGUGCCAGAACCGAAAGCUGGCUCCUUUGAGGUCGCUUUUUUGGAUGGCGGGAUCGGCCAUCUUGGUGUCUUUGUGGGUUAUGGCUGGGCAGAAUGUGAAUCUGAAGCUCUGA